CGUAUGCAUCACCAAACCACGGAAGCCCGGUCAGCAAACGAGACACGACAAAGGCCGCAAUAACCCCCCAAAGCUCGUUUCUCUCCCUGCAAACUUGAAGAGUUGCUUUGAGUCAUCUUUGUAAGAUAAUUACCCGCAACCCGGAAGGCUCGACACAGGCUAGCCUGCCCGCCUGCAACCCUUUUGACCUCAUUGAUCGGACUUACCUUAGCUGACCACCUCUAAAGACACAGAAAAGAAGCCCGAACCGUAUCCGAUCCCAUAUACCACCAUGGCCGAUGUCGACAUGACGGAUGCGCCCGGCACUGCCGUUGCCAAGAAGGCCGCCGAUGGCGAGAGCAGCAAGGCGGUCGACGCAAAGAAGCGCUUCGAAGUCAAGAAGUGGAAUGCCGUUGCAUUGUGGGCAUGGGAUAUCGUCGUCGACAACUGCGCUAUUUGCAGAAACCACAUCAUGGAUCUUUGCAUAGAAUGCCAGGCAAACCAAGCGUCCGCUACUAGUGAAGAGUGCACUGUGGCCUGGGGUAUCUGCAACCAUGCUUUCCAUUUCCACUGUAUCUCACGUUGGCUCAAGGCUCGACAAGUCUGCCCGCUGGACAACCGCGACUGGGAGUUCCAGAAGUACGGUCGCUGAAGUGGCGCAAGACAAUGGUGCGAGGAUCUCGGUCGAUGGAUACGCAGCAUUAUGGUGGCAUGGCCACGCAGAAUAAGGAUACAAUCCGUGAUACUCUCCUGACGAGCGAGGGCUGCGUCCAGCUCGCUGAAACAGCUAGCUAGAGAGGCCCUAAAGGGUGGGCACAGUUACAGACGCAGGAACCAUACAUCACAAAUGACUUGAUGAACAAUUGACGUCUUUGUUCCCGGCUAUCCCGACUUCUCUAUUGUAGCCACAUUCCGUGCUCCGGACCCGGACGUGGAUCCAGGCUGUAGCCACUUGACUGGAUGU